GCAGAGCACGAGGGUCUCCCAACGCCUCUCGCAGUGGUGACUACCUGUAAAGCCAGGGGCAAAAGCGUCACAGGGCCUGGCUGCUCCGGACCGGAUCCCGCAGGGUGUCGCCGGCCCCGGGCCUGGACUUGCGGGGUCAGCGUCGUCCUCCGCCCGGCCUGACGCAGACGCCGGUCCCACACACCCGGCGGCUUCCCGCGACCGCCCCUUCGCUCGCGUCACUUCCGGCCCCGGGCAUCGACUUCCGGGUCAGGCUGAGCCUCCGGCUCUCAGUGCCUAGUGGAGGUGCCGCGCUGUCCGCGUUAUUUCCCUGUGGUGGCCGCCGAGCGGAGAGCCCAGCCCGCGUCCGGGGCCGAGGAGACCUGGGAAGCAGCCGCGGCCCGCGCCGGAGUGCACUGGCGACCCUGUCCCUCGGCUUGCUGCUGUGUCGGGGGAGUGGGUGCCGGCGCCGAGGGGGCCCCCUCCCGACCGCGACCCCCUUCCCCGGCUCCCCCGCCCACCCUGCCGGGGGAGGGUGGAGGAAGAUGCCGGUGAAGAAGAAGAGAAAAGCCUCCGGGGUGUCAGCCGCCGUGGCGGAGGACGGAGGCCUCAAGAAGUGUAAAAUCUCCAGCUAUUGCAGACCCCAACCCCCUGCUAGACUAAUAAGUGGAGAGGAAGUUUUUUCAAGAAAGAAGUGCCUGGCUUGGUUUUAUGAGUAUGCAGGUCCUGAUGAAGUUGUAGGGCCAGAAGGAAUGGAAAAAUUUUGUGAAGACAUUGGUGUUGAACCUGAAAAUAUUAUUAUGUUAGUUUUAGCGUGGAAAUUGGAGGCUGAAAGCAUGGGAUUUUUUACCAAGGAAGAAUGGUUAAAGGGAAUGACUUCAUUACAGUGUGACUGCACAGAAAAGUUACAGAACAAAUUUGACUUUUUGCGCUCACAGUUGAAUGAUAUUUCAUCGUUUAAGAAUAUAUACAGAUAUGCCUUUGAUUUUGCAAGGGAUAAAGAUCAGAGGAGCCUUGAUAUUGAUACUGCUAAGUCUAUGUUAGCCCUUCUGCUUGGGAGAACAUGGCCACUCUUUUCAGUAUUUUACCAGUACCUGGAGCAAUCAAAGUACCGUGUUAUGAACAAAGAUCAGUGGUAUAAUGUGUUAGAAUUUAGCAGAACAGUCCAUGCCGAUCUUAGUAACUACGAUGAAGAUGGCGCUUGUAAGUAUAAUGUAAUAAAUUUCCAUGAAAAUAAAAUUCUGAAAAUAAGAAGGUAUGCAUUGAGUAGCAUUGAUGAAAAUAAUAGUCUUAAAACAUCAUAAUGGUAUUUUAUAUUAUUUAAUCAUGUAAUGUAGAGAUAGAAAGCUUAGACUCAGCAAUGUUACAGAAUUUUGCUAGUAACUGAAAUUUUUUCCAUUCCUUACAAACUAAGCAUUACAGCUAAAUUUAAAUGACAGUUUCUUGACAGUUGUUUUUUUUUUCCCAAAAGCAAGAUUUUAGCUUCAAGAAAUGAUACCUGUCUUUCGGGAGAAAAACUGCAAUCACUGAUUUUUAAAAUAUGAAAAUUAAAGGUUUUUCUGAUUGUUCUACUUUUCUUGAUUGUUCUACAAAAUAAUAAUAGAAGAGACUUUUAAAACUAAUAUAGGACCCAUUAAACAACAGUAUAAUGCCAAAUAAGUUCCCUCUCAAAACUCUAGAUAGGUUCUGAGUAAACUCAAGUGAAAUGUGUAUAAUUUCCUAGUCCUUCCAAGUUAAAAUAUUUGUAUUCUCCAUUGAAAUGGCUAGAAUGUCCAAAGCGAUUUUUGAAUAAUGAUAAAUGUAAUUUCUAGAACUAUAAAUUUUCAAUUUAUUGACUAUGUAUUGUUUUAACAUUCAGAAUGGCUACAUGGAGAAGUAUAUUCCUUGAAAAUGCAAACUAAAAUUAAGCAUUUAAUUCUGUGAGAUGAAGAAAUAAGAUUCUGUAAAAGGAUAAUCUUGAGUUUUCCUUAUAUAUAGCAUGCCCUUCUACAGGAUAACAUAAAAUGAAUAAUAUUUUAAUGAGACAACACUGCAGUAGAUUGUCAGCUCAAAGCCUACACAUAGCAGAUAUGAAAAUUGAUGUUUGUUGAACCAACAUUUAAAACUGGGAGAUUUUGUAUAGAAAUAAAACUUCUGGAUUUGUUUGAAUAAGAAAAAU